UUUUGUUCUCAGGCAGGGAAGGAAAAGAAGUGCUCACAAACUUCUCUUUUUAUUCUCUAUUUAAAAAAAAAAGAAAAAUCAAUAUGAAGCUCUUUGGAAAUGAAAUAGAGGAGUCUGAAAAUGAAAAAGAAGUUUGUGGAAAUUGAGUGAACAUUUUCUAAACAGGAAAAUGAUGAACAGAAGCGAAUGAGCUGACAGAAUUUGUCAUUAUAAACCUCAUAUAUUGAAUAGAGUGAGUAGAUAAAAAUUGGACAUCAAUGAGCUCAUCCAGGAUGUGGGUCAAUGGAGGCACUUAGCUGGUCGCCAUUCAUCCAUUCAUUCAUUCAUUCAUUUAGAGUAUAUACAGUGGCAAGACUGUUUAUUUAAUUGUAAUAAUGACGAGAGCAUUGUUUCAGUGUAGGUCACAAUAAUUUGUGUGCAGGAGACAGUCAUUCAUUUAAAGUACACGCAGUGGUGAGACUAUUUAAUUGAAUCCUCGCUCCAUUAUUUUUGUGUAGGUCAAAGUAUGCAGUAGAUAUGAGGUGGAGCAACAUGUUGCCCUGUUAACUUGGAUAAUCGAGUUAACAGCAGCCACAGAGAUAAUCAUUCAUUUGGAUAUUCGACAACAGUGACUAAGAGCAGAGCAGGGUGUUUGGUGCUGCAGCGUUGUGUGCUUUCGCCUCGUCCUGCUUUCCUUUCCAUCCAUUUCUGGCCGCUGCUCUCUGCUCCCGUCUGUGAUGGGAAUACUGAGUUUCGUCUUGUUUACAAAGAUAGCUAAAAACACUGCUGAGCGGGGAAGGCGAGCCUCAUGAGUCGGCCUCGUGGAUUGCAUCGACAUAAUGGAUUUAACUAAAAUGGGUAUGAUCCAGCUCCAGAACCCCAACCACCCCACUGCCCUGCUGCAGAAGGCCAACCAGAUGCGUCUGGCCGGGACUCUGUGUGACGUGGUCAUUAUGGUAGACAGCCAGGAGUUCCACGCUCACCGGACUGUGCUAGCCUGCACAAGCAAAAUGUUUGAGAUCCUCUUCCAUCGCAGCAGCCAGCAUUACACCCUGGACUUUCUUUCACCAAAGACUUUUCAGCAGAUUUUGGAGUAUGCUUACACUGCCACACUCCAGGCCAAGGUGGAGGACUUAGACGACCUUCUGUAUGCAGCAGAGAUCCUAGAGAUUGAAUACUUGGAAGAGCAAUGCCUCAAGAUCCUGGAAACCAUCCAGUCCUCAGAUGAGAAUGAUGUGGAGGUCAAUGCUAAUGAUGGCAGCACAGAGGAGGAUGAUGAGCGCAAAGGUCACAAUGGAGCCAAGAACUCCAAAAAGCAUUCCAUGGAGAGUCCCUAUCUGUCAGGUACCCAGCAAGUCUCCAUCAUGGCUGGCAUGGUGGACCAGAGUCCCUCGGUCUCCACCUCCUUCGGUGUCUCCACCCUGAGUCCCACCAAAACUGCUGUGGACAGCCUGAUGAGCAUCGGCCAGUCUCUGCUCCAGCAGGGCUUUGGGGGCGAACAACUUGUCCACGGCAACUCCCACCACCUGAUGACAGAGAUCAAGACUGAAAUGAUGCAAGUGGACAUGGGUGGCAACGGCCAUGAGAGCCCUCCCAACAUGGAGUCCAGUGCCUCCAGCAAUGGUGAGCGAAGUGGGGAGGACAGGAACCGAGAUGGUCCAGGAACACCAACCAGGAGCAGCGUAAUCACCAGUGCCCGAGAGCUACAUUACGUCCGCGACGAAGGCAUGGGCGACCCACAAGCUGAAGUCAGCCAGAUGGGGCUGGAAGCAAUGGCCGGGAUGACGGAGAAACAUCUGGCCUCGCUGUACUCCCUACCCGUCAAUCACAAAUCAGAUGCCAUCAUGUCCAUGCCGGUAUCCAUGGCCUCCGCUCUCCCCAUGUCCCCGGCCCUGGCUAUGUCUAUGGACUUCAGUGCCUACGGGGGACUCCUGCCUCAGAGCUUCAUCCAGAGAGAAUUCUUCAGCAAGCUCGGGGAGCUGGCAGUGGGCAUGAAACCAGAUGGCAGGAACCAGCAUGAACGUUGCAAUGUUUGUGGUGCAGAACUACCAGAUAACGAAGCUGUGGAGCAGCACAGGAAGAUGCACAGUGGAAUGAAGACCUACGGCUGUGAGCUGUGCGGGAAGAGCUUCCUGGACAGCCUCCGUCUACGGAUGCAUUUGCUGUCUCAUUCAGCUGGUGAGAAGGCCAUAGUCUGUGACCAGUGUGGUGCCCAGUUCCAGACAGAGGAAUCCCUGGAGGCUCACCGGCAGAUCCACACCGGGUCGGACAUGGCCAUAUUUUGCCUGCUUUGUGGGAAGCGUUUCCAGACCCAGACGGCAUUGCAGCAGCACAUGGAAGUCCACGCCGGCGUUCGCAGCUACAUUUGCAGUGAAUGCAAUCGGACUUUCCCCAGCCAUACUGCACUCAAACGUCACCUACGCUCACACACAGCAGGGGACCACCCAUACGAGUGUGAGUUCUGCGGGAGCUGCUUUCGAGAUGAGAGCACGCUGAAGGGCCACAAACGCAUCCACACCGGGGAGAAGCCCUAUGAAUGUAACGGCUGUGGGAAGAAGUUCAGCCUCAAGCACCAGCUGGAAACCCACUACCGUGUGCACACAGGUGAGAAGCCAUUCGAGUGCAAGCUGUGCCACCAGCGAUCCAGGGACUACUCGGCCAUGAUCAAGCACCUGCGCACCCACAACGGCGCCUCGCCCUACCAAUGCACCAUCUGCCUGGAGUACUGCCCCAGCCUGUCAGCCAUGCAGAAGCACAUGAAAGGCCACAAGCCCGAAGACAUCCCGCCAGACUGGCGCAUAGAGAAGACCUACCUGUACCUCUGCUAUGUCUGAGGCCGGGAGAGCGAAUGAAGAGAGGGGAGGGUACGUGUAAGGGUGGGGACGGGGGUUGGGGGAGGUGAGGGGAAUGUAAUUGAGCGGAUAGGAGGCAGGAGGAUGUGGUGGAGUGUUGGCGAUCGAGGAAUGUCAACGGCAAGAGACUCGAAAGCAUAAGGGUUUGUUUUCUCUUUUUUCUUUUCAUGCAAAGGCGGCGACGACCGACGGGGUAAAAGGGUGGUGAUGAUGGGACAAAAGUGCUAAGAAGAGGUGGACUUGGACACGGAGUGAGAUUCUCCACCAUUGUUCGGAUUCACCGGGUCAUUCACUACAUCUGCAACUGUGUUAUUGUUUUGGGUCAUUUCAUGCAGCGCCAUAAAGCGAGCAAGCUGCACUGAGGUGACUGUUUGGACGCCGCUGCCACAGUUGUGCGUAAGCAGAUUCUCAAGGGCUAUCUGAACCGACACAUUCUCGCCAUCAGGAACCAAAUCUUUCACUCCAUUUUGUUAUCCAGAUGGGAGAAAGGUUGUUUUUUUUUUGUUCUGCUUUGGUUUGUUUACACUCACCCUGUUUAGUCAGACCAUUUCAGAUCACAUGAAGAAUAUGUGAAUAUAAUAUGAUCAGAUUAGGCCCCCAGUUCAUCAGGUCAUGGUUUGCUUUCUAAGUAUUGAGGAACUGCUGGCUUUCAGAAGCCAAAAUCCUUCAUCUCAUGGCUACCUUCAGCCUUCAUGGUACGGUAGUUAUGAACCACGACAAAGUUUGAAUGAUCGGCUUUGGCUGAAAAAUUUCCCCAAUAGGAAAUGUGUCUUUUUUUGCAACCCCCCAUCAUUUCUGCCCACGCAGUAGACACAGAUCUUCCCAGUUUUCACAGAAAUCUGCCAGUACAACCUGUCCAUACAUGAGAUCCUUCAGAUCCCAGCGGUGGCAGCGAGAUAGCCCCUGAGAAUCAGCACCGGAGCCAGUAGGCGUAUGCAGUAGACGAAACAGUUGAACUGGAUGAAUGGGAGCACUAAAAUACUGCAAACCAAGCACCUGUUUUGGUUGGGGGGGGGGGGGGGGGGGGGAAUGCUAGUGCUGCUUUUCAUUGUUGGAAGUCUCCCCAGUUUUCUCAGUAGUCUUCCUGGUUCUGCAUCUCUGUCAGAUGAGGGCUGGAGAAAGUCGAGUCACCACUGGCCACCCACGGUUCUCCCCAGAGAAACUAACUUCCGUCACUUUUUCAUCUUAUAUUAUUUUUAGCUCCGCAUCAUAGUUUAUCAUGGCUUGAUUGCACAGGUUAAAAAAAUUACGACAACAGUCUCUGUUUGAUGUCUGCAAGUUAUAUCAUUUUUCAUUAAAUAAUAACUCUCUAUCACAGUAUGCCACAUUAAACCCAGCCUAUCCACAUACUCAGCAAUAGAUGACUGGACUGCUUUUAUCCAUGUACAUUAACCAGAUGACUCUCGUUAUCUCACACUAAUGAUGAACUACACAAACUGACACAUAAACAGUAACACUUUGACCGCAACAGAUCUGUCUAUUCACCGCAGUGAUGGAAAAUGGGAAAAUGGGAAACCGCUGCUUUCCGUGGGAGUCCUGUGACUUCGACCGCUCGUAGUGAAUGUUGAAGAAGUGCUGGGAAUGCCUUAGCUGCACGCCUUUGUCCAAGGUGGUGCGGUAGGUUGAAGACUGUUGUAUGGCAUCAAAACAUGAAUGUGAAAGACUGUGAGCCGGGUUCGUAUGAGGCUGUGUGAGAAUACACAACAGGUUAAUGCUGCCUUUCACUGGAAGUCAGAAAUCUAUUAUUCCCACAUUGGAAGGUUGUUACGACUCUGAAGAUUUUCUCCAUCCAGCUUCAAAGGCUGUUCCCCAUGUAUUAGCUAGCUAGCUAGUAAAUGCUGAUAUGUGUUUGAAAUGAAUGUGUUAUCGUUCCCUAUCAGGCGUUUUAAUGUUUUGUUAAAAUGAUCUGACGAAAGGGCUGAAACAGUGAUCUUCAGAUUCAGACUUCAGUGUACGGAGAGGGAAGGCUGGAUUACUAACUGGCCUGUGAAGCCCCAGAUUCAGUGUCUGUCAGUGGAUUUUUAUUUGAGAAUAUGCACCACUUGAGUAGAAUAUCAACUGAAAUCAGGAUCUUAAGGUGGGUCCUGCCUUAUCUGGGGUCCUUUCCUGUAGUUAUAGUACAGAUAGUGUGUUUAAAUGGUGCAUAUUCCCAAAUAUAUUUGCAUUUAUUUAAAUUACCACUUGAGAAAAAUAUGAUUAAUAAUAUUCUAUGCAUACGCUGCUGUUUGUAUUGGAUGCCUCGUGCACACUAACGUACGGAGAGUUGGAGGAAAGUAGGGCCCUCAUCUUUCAACCGAGGCCCGUUUGUAGGUAAAUGCAGUCCCUGCUUUGAGGGUUGUUAAAGGUUAUGUGUAUUUACGGUAAAUGCUCCCAUGCUGCCCGGACUGAAAGGCUUAUUUUGGUGAGGAGGAGGUGGGAAUUUUCCGACUUUCUGGCGUCUCUGAAAUGCAGCAUUAGACCUGUGUGACUUGCGCAGCCGCAGGUAUUAUGGCUGAACCUUUGGCUUUAAUGAGCAUCACUGCAUGUCACAGCGUUACCGGGGUGAUCACAUAUCCAAAUGGCCGGUGGAAAAGGGGGAAAUCACUGAUGGGACGAGACACGGCCCAGCAGCUUAGGGGGCGACCAAUAAGACGACAGAAUAAAUCAACUCUUUCUCUGUGGUUUUUGUCCCUGCGCUUCGUCUCUCUCGUGUCUUGUUGUUGUUGUUGUUGUUGUUGUUGUUGCUGUUGUUGUUGCUGUUGUUGUUAUUAUUGACCUUGAGUUUGAUCUCAACACAUCGUACUUGAAUUACCUCGUUUUGUGACCUCAUGUUGCUUGUGUAUUUUAAUUUUCCCUUUUGUUUCGUUUGUACACUUUCUGUUCAUGAGCGUGUGUGGAGAAGAGGCAUUGCACAACAUGAUGAAGCAAUGUGUACGCAGAAAAAUUAAGUGCCACGGUGAAGAGAUUUUGUUUUUUGUUUUUCUAAUGUUGUGUAUUUCUUUGUGCAUUACUUGUUACCAAACUUGGUAUUAUUAACCCCGCUUGUUAAUGAGCUGGAAGGUUUGGUCAUUUGUUAUAAAAGCUACCUCUAAGUUGUUUUAAUUUUUUGGCAAAAGCACAUUUUUUUGUGUGUUUGUGUUUUGCAUUAUUUCAUCAUUGCUACUUCAUCUCAUGCUUUUAUUAUUUUUUUUUUUUUUUUCAAAAGUUGAUUUAUGAUUGUGUUUUUUUUAAGCAAAAUGUAUAUAAAAGGGUAAGAGAUAACAAAAGUAGAGGUGGAUAGGAUUUUGAAAAGUCAAAUGGAUGUUUAUUCUUCUCUUAUAGUCUCCCCUGCACCUCCAACCACAGACGAGCAGAGAAAAAAAAAAGAAGCAAUUUUGAAGCCUUAAGUGAUGAGUAAGAGGGAUGUGGCAGAUAAGAGGAAGAACUAUUGCUUUUUAAGAGGGUUUAAAAACAAGAAUUUAAACUUGAAAAUAUGUGAAUAGAAGUGUAGUUUUGUAAUGUGAAAAAAAAAAAAGAAGAAGAAGGUUCAUCAAAAACGCUGAACCGCCCAGGACAGGUCAUAUUUGCAGUGAUGCAGAGUGCGUUGGACAAUUGGAACUGCAAGUGGUAAUCAAAAAAAAAAAAGAAAAACCAGAAGGUUAAAAAUAGAGAUUCUCUCGGCUGACAAGCUCUCUUGAGAUGAUUCCUGAACAAGAGCCAACAGAGGCAAUUUGAUAUAUAAAAAUUGUGAUAUUUUUGUAUUCAGUGUCAGUCCUUUUUCCAUUUGUGGAGGGUUACAGCAGGGCACAAAUAUUUGUAUUUCUUUUUUUUUUUUUUUUACCUGUUUUUUUUUUCUCUCUCUCUGGGUGUGAAUCAUUUUUGCCUUGCUCCUCUUUGAUAUUGUUGGACAAAAAAACACGUGUGUGAACAUAUUGUAAUAAUAAGUGUCGCUUUCUGGAUGUCAAUUGCAUUGUAGGUGAAGGACUAAAUCUAGCCGCCACAAAUUUUACGAGUGUGUGUAUGUGACAAAAAAGAAAAAAGGUUAAAAAAAAAAUGAUAAAAACACGGGACGGCAGGAGGACGCUGCCAAACCGACCAAUUAGUACUUGUCAUUCACAAUUUUUCAAUCAAACUUGACUGUCGGCGUAUUUUUUGUUUUGUUUUUUGUAUUUGAAAAAAAAAAAAAGAAGAAGAAGGGAUGGCAUGUCCCGUGGUGUCUUGCCAUUUUAUUCUCAAACACUGUGAGCUGAGGGGCUUUUUCACCCUCAUAUAAUAUCCACCCACUAUAAUAUACCCAGUCACGGCUCAGUCUGAACCACCACAAUGCAAGACCUGAUCAGUCACAUUAUUCCUAUCAUCGUCCUCUGAAUGUUUUCUACUUUUUCGUGCGGGUGAACGAGUGCGUACAAGAGUGUGUAACUACGUGAGUGUGUGUGUGUGUGUGUGUGUGUGUGUGUGUGUGUGCGUGUGUGUGUGUAUUAGUGGAAAAAUGCACUAAUCAGAUCAGAUACAAAAUAAAAUGAUAUUCUAUGCCACUUUUUUUCUCUAUGUUGGAAAAAAUAUAUAUAUACAUUGGCAUCGUUAUAGUUCUUCCCUCAGUGUUCCUCCAAUGUUUCUGUACUAUCUUUGUGCCUAAAAAUGGAAUUUGUUCAACAAAAAUAUCCAUCUAUAUCUGCUUAGUUUCUGUAUUUUCAGAAGAAAAUAAAAAUGGUGUCUCCAGCACCCUAGGGAUGUCAUGACGCUCGAAAAUGACCUGAUUUUCUUUUCUUCUUUUUUUAAAAAAUUGUGAAUAGAGCAGGGCUUCUUUUUCAAGGACUGCAAUAAACCCAUAAUGUUAUUGAAAUAGCAACUGGGAUUCUGCAUUCGCUUCUUUUCUUAGGCCGUACUCUGUGAUUGGCUCCCAAAAGCAUUUAUUUAGCGACAUAAAACAAAGCAUAGGGAAAAAUUUUAGCGGCAUCCAGACAGGCUGCAGCCGCUUUCGGGACAAAAUCUGCUCCAUGAAAUUGUUUUUUUCCCCGCAAGCAGUUCUGGUUCUCCACUCAGAUUGUCUAUUUUUUCCCCCUCUCUUAUGUCAGCAACAGGUUUGUUGAUGAGAACUUUAUAUUGUUCUUGAAAAAAUCCAAAUAAGAUAAAAAAAAAAAAAACCUCCAUUUGGGUAGGUUGGCACUAGGGUAUUCCCCUUCUGCUUUGCUUCAGUUUUUUCUUUUCUUUUCUACAAAACGCAUUUAGAAGGGGAUGUUAAAUUCGUCAGAGAGGAAUCAUGGCAUCCCUGGAGCUGGCACUCUGUGUUUUGGUGUGGUGUUUCUAGAACAAAGUAGCCAUUUCAUGCAGUGUUGCAAUGCAUGUGCCAUCGAGGUCUAGACUAAAAACUGUUUGAGUAACAAAGCACCAAGACAUUGUAUUUUUUUAUAUUAGCACUGAGGACCAAUUGCCCUGUCGGACCAAGCAUAACAAAGCUUUUUAUGUAACAAAGCUUUUUUCUCUCUCUGUCUUUCCCUGGCUUGUCUGUGCUACUUCUCUCCUCCAUUAUUGUGACAGCACAAGUGCCAGUCAAGUUGCUCUGUAUUAAGAAAAUAGUGUUUUUAUUAUGAUUUGAAUUGUUAUAGUUUUUGUCUACCUCAGCACCUAAUCUUAGCCUAAUCUUAGAAGGUGCCCAAUUAUUAUUUUUUAUUUUCUUUAUUUUUUUUCUCUUAUUGUUGUCAGUUGUAUAAUUUUUUGAAAUUUGCAUUAGAGCUUUGCAAAGGUCCUUUGUCUUUUCCAGCGACAACGUGCUAUUUUUUUCCCGUGGCAGUACGUUUCCUGUUGAGCUGUGCCACCAAUCUAUAGCCACCGUCUGUUGAUAUAGAGGUUGUUCUUUUUUUGUUUCUUUCCAUGUAGAAUCAGACACAUCUCUUUGUAACAUUUCAGUGUUCUCUGAUGGAGUGUGAAAAAAAAAUAAAAAGGAAAAAUAAAAGAUUUAAUGCUGCAGGUUCUCUUCUCCAUGUUGUCACUAAAGUCAAUGUUGUGCCUUUGAUAGUGAAAAUAUAAAGAAUAUUUCUUUUUCUUUUUUUUACAUCCUACUAACAGUAGAUUGUUUUUUGUAGUGGACUUUUUUUGUAUUUUUAUUUAUGAGUCUCAUAAUAAAAAUCAAAUCAUGAUGUUCAGUUGUAUACUUUCAAUCUGCGGUUAGAAAAAAAUAAAAAAUGGACUUCA